AUGGCCCGUUUAUGGUCUUCCAACGCCUCGUCCCAAUUCUCGUCGUGUUGGCAGUGCCCUGUUGUCGCCCUGUGGAACACGGCUGAGCUAGUUGCCGCGAGCUUCAGCCGACAUGGCGGAAUCCAUCCCAACAUACACGUCGUGAUUGACGGUAUUCUGUUCCUGGCGGUGGCCACAGCCGCCGGUACGCUUCUAGUCGACGUCAUCUGCGGCCUCACCGACUAUGGACCCCGCUUCACCACGGCGGGACAGGAGAUCACCAGUGUCUGUCUCCUGGUUGUCAUGAUGGUGAUCCACUCAUUUCUCCUGUUCUUCUUCGUAUGCAACUAUGUCGAACAACUGCGAACAAAGUCAACGAAACCAGCAGCUAGCCAGUUUCCCGUCCCUCAAUAUGCCCCUGGCGCUGCUCCGUGGUCUUCACCCCUAUCUGCUACAACAACUCUCCAUCGAGCACCUACCGGACACGAAUCCACGAAGUUCGGGCCGAGUCCCAUUACCAUGGAACUACGGAAUUCUCCCUCUGCUCUGCGUCGCGAACCACCCGCCUUUGGACUAUCCGUGCAGCCACAGCCAGCUCCAGCGGUAGCACUCUCCGCCGUCAUCGAAAGUUCGGUUAUUGCACAAGCAAUGUCUGGAGUUUGGGAUGCCGAAACGGGGUCUGGUCAACAGGUGGGACUAGCGCCACCGGCGUAUGAGGGCCCCCUGGGGAGUACAGCCGCAGAUCGAAGCUCCUCGUUUGACGGUGGGCGGUAUGCGUAA